AUGGAAUCGAUCGAAGCGACUUUGAAAAGCGACGUAAACUCCUUUCAGUCGUCCGAACAACUUUCUCCCGAGACUCUGAGCGCGUUCUUCGACCUGUUAAAACCUGGAGGACGGUUAGGGGUUUUCGUUCUGUUGGGGAAAAAAGGAGGUGAGGAGGAUUCGUCCGCGAUGAUACGAAAAGAAGUCUCCAAGCGGUUGACGUUGGAAGGAUUCGAGGACGUCGUUUCCGAGCAGACGAGCGUUUCCGGGACGGACGCGACGAAGGUUUCGGGGAGAAAACCGAAGUGGGAACGAGGCGUAACGUUUAGCUUAGGAGAGAAAAAGACAAAAAAGACUUUAGUUUCGGCCUCGGCGUGGGAAGAAGAAGACGACCGAGACGAAAUGAUCGACGAGGACGCGUUGCUCACGGAAAAGGACAAAGAGAAACCAACCGCGGAAGGAGAAGGAGUUGGAUGUCCGCCGACGAGGAAACCGUGCAAAGAUUGCACCUGCGGAAGGAAAGAGGAAGAGGAGAUGAAGGAAAACGCAACUCCAGCGAGCUCUGUCGUGAAGAUGGAUUUAGAGAACGACCCGAACGACGAGACGUUUAAAAGCGCGUGCGGGAACUGCGCGUUGGGAGACGCGUUUCGAUGCGCCGGGUGUCCGUAUUUAGGACAGCCGGCGUUUAAGGAAAACGACGAGGAAAAUAAGGUGGUGAUGUUAGACGAUUUAGGAACGGUGGAUUUAUAA